GUCCGCGGACGAGGCGACCGAAGAGGACCAAAGACAAGCGGACGGACGAGGAGAAGAGGCCGCGGACGGCGUUCAGCGGCGAGCAGUUGGCGAGACUGCGCAACGAGUUCGCCGAGAACCGCUACCUGACGGAGAAGAGACGCACCGAGCUGGCGCGCGAGCUGGGCCUCAACGAGGCGCAGAUCAAGAUCUGGUUCCAGAACAAGCGGGCCAAGAUCAAGAAGGCGUCC